GAAAAACUCCAAAAGAUGCUGCUUCUGUUCGAGCUACACAUCCUAUACCUGCAGCUUGUGGAAUAUACUAUUUCGAAGUUAAAAUUGUCAGUAAGGGAAGAGAUGGUUACAUGGGAAUUGGGCUUUCUGCACAGGGUGUGAACAUGAACAGACUACCAGGUUGGGAUAAACAUUCAUAUGGUUACCAUGGAGAUGAUGGACAUUCAUUCUGUUCCUCUGGAACAGGACAACCUUACGGCCCAACGUUUACUACGGGCGAUGUCAUUGGUUGUUGUGUCAACCUUAUCAACAACACCUGCUUCUACACCAAGAAUGGACACAGCCUGGGCAUCGCUUUCACAGAUUUACCGCCAAACUUGUACCCUACAGUAGGGCUUCAAACACCAGGAGAGGUUGUGGAUGCUAAUUUUGGACAACACCCAUUUGUAUUUGAUAUUGAAGACUACAUGCGAGAGUGGAGAACCAAAAUUCAAGCACAGAUUGACAGAUUCCCAAUAGGAGAUCGGGAAGGAGAGUGGCAAACAAUGAUUCAGAAAAUGGUAUCAUCUUACUUAGUUCACCAUGGAUACUGUGCAACAGCAGAGGCAUUCGCCAGAUCAACAGACCAGACUGUGCUAGAAGAAUUAGCUUCCAUUAAGAACAGACAAAGAAUUCAGAAAUUGGUUUUAGCAGGAAGAAUGGGAGAAGCCAUUGAAACAACACAACAGUUGUAUCCAAGUUUACUAGAAAGAAAUCCUAAUCUCUUAUUUGCAUUAAAGGUGCGCCAGUUCAUAGAGAUGGUGAAUGGUACAGACAGUGAAGUGCGGUGUUUGGGAGGCCACAGUCCAAAAUCUCAAGACAGUUAUCCUGUUAGCCCACGGUCAUUCAGUAGUCCUAGCAUGAGUCCCAGCCAUGGAAUGAAUAUUCAUAAUUUGGCAACAGGCAAAGGGAGCAGCACACACUUCACUGGGUUUGAAAGUAGUUGCAGUAAUGGAGUAAUAUCAAAUAAAGCGCAUCAGUCUUACUGUCACAGUAAACACACGACCACCAGCUUGAAUGUACCAGAGCUCAACAACAUAAAUGUAUCCAGAUCACAGCAGGUUAACAGCUAUUCCAGCAAUGAUGUAGACAUGGAAACAGAUCACUACUCCAAUGGGGUUGCUGAGACUUCAUCCAAUGGCUUCCUAAAUGAGGUAGAUUCAAGUCAGUUAAGACGCCAGCUAUGUGGUGGCAGCCAAGCAGCCAUUGAAAGGAUGAUCCAUUUUGGAAGAGAAUUGCAAGCAAUGAGCGAGCAGCUAAGAAGAGAAUGUGGCAAAAACACAGUGAAUAAGAAAAUGCUCAAGGAUGCAUUCAGUUUACUUGCAUAUUCUGAUCCCUGGAGCAGCCCUGUUGGAAAUCAGCUCGACCCCAUACAAAGAGAACCAGUGUGCUCUGUGCUGAAUAGUGCAAUACUAGAGACUCACAAUCUGCCAAAGCAACCCCCACUUGCCCUUGCCAUGGGACAGGCAUCACAGUGUCUAGGAUUGAUGGCCCGGUCAGGAAUUGGAUCCUGUGCGUUCGCCACAGUGGAAGACUACCUACACUAGCUAUGCAUUUUGAAGGUCUGAAAGGUGUUGUGGCAUAUUCAACAUGGAAAGCAGACCAGCUCUGCUGACUGGAAUUUGGAAUUUUAAUUAUGUACUAAGGACAAGUCUGUCGCUUUAUGUUGCUUCCUAGUUUACAGCAUGAUGCAAAUGAUUUCUAACUUAGUGUUAGGAGAUUUCCAUCUUUAAACCUCUUAGACAACUAAGAGUUGAAAAUAUCACUGGUAACGUCAGACAUCCAAAUUGACAAGUACCAAUCCUUUGAACGAUUGUCCAAAACAAACCAAAAAUCCUGCUACCUUGUGGUGGGACGGAAGAAUAGAAAACAUGGAUGUAUUAGCAUGUGGGUGAUGUAAACGUCAAGCAGGAUGACUUGCCAACCUCCACCCCCAUUGUUACAUAGUUCAAUCAGUGUAAUUUGCAAAAUGCAAAUGGUUUGGAUAUAUAGUGUUGAUGGGAAGAAAUGAUAUUUUUUAAUGUGUACUGUAAAACUUGAAUUACUCAGGAGCUGAGUGAAUAUGUUUGUUGCUACUUACAAUCCCAACCUGUUGAUCUUAGUAGUUUUUUGUUUUAACAUGGUCUUUUCAACUUUGUUUCCUUGUUUAACUACAGACAGCUUCUGUUGUGUAGGCUCACCAGUUUAACUGUUGUAUUAUAACAGUAUUACAUGUCAACACAGUGUGGUUAUGACCUAUUUAUAUAAAAACCAAAUAUUUAGUCAA